CAAGUGAGUGUGAAAAAAUGUAAGAAUUUAAGUUUAUAUUACUUAUUAACCGCAGUUUCUACUCCAUGACUGUUGUUACUUUUCAGUUAGUACUUUUUUCAAGAAUUUAAUUAUCCGAAAGUUCCUGUGUUUGCGUUGUACUCUAUGGGUGUUUGUGAAAGAAUCCUCUGCCGAGAAAAUCCUCUUACCUUCUCAGAUUAAUUCCUUUUAAUCAUGUAUUGCAGAAAGAUUUUACCCAUUGCUCGAAAUUUGGAUCAUCUUUCGAAGACCUUUUCUUAUUCGAAAGUGCUAACAGUGAUAGAUCGAUCCUUCUGUGAUGCAAGUGAGCCAAAAAUACAAUCCCUCAAAGCCAAAUUGCAAGAUGGCCCAACUCUCAAAGAUUUUAUCGCAAAUACUCAUAUUAGUGAAAGUGAAUUCGUGCCGGAAGACUUAUCAGCUCAGUAUUCUCCGUAUUUGCAAAGUUCUGAUUGGACAGUGAAUAGAAGAAAAGUCUUUUUUGAUGUUUAUGGCUGUCAAAUGAACGUUAGUGACACUGAAAUUGUUUGGUCUGUGCUGAGAUCAGCUGGUUAUGAAAAAAGUGAAUCAGAGCAUGAUGCUGAUGUCAUACUGCUUGUUACCUGUGCAAUCAGAGAAAAUCCUGAACAGAAAAUUUGGAAGAGACUUCAUUACUUCCAUAGUAUCAAGCGGAGAAAGAAGAAAAAUAAAGUAAAAAUUGGUGUUUUAGGUUGCAUGGCCGAGCGACUGAAGCACCAAAUCUUAGAAAAAGAAAAAGCUGUUGAUGUGAUAGCAGGACCUGAUAGCUACAAGGAUCUUCCAAGGCUUCUCGCCUCAACUUAUAGUAACAGUCAAUCCGCCGUCAAUGUAUUGUUAUCCCUAGAUGAAACGUAUGCUGAUGUCAUGCCUGUGCGAUUGAAUGAGGAUUCAAUUUCUGCAUUUGUAUCCAUCAUGCGAGGUUGUGACAACAUGUGCACAUAUUGCAUAGUUCCUUUCACUCGGGGUCGUGAACGCUCCAGACCUGUGGAAUCUAUUAAAGAGGAAGUUAAACACCUGGUAGGACAGGGUGUAAAAGAAAUAAUUUUAUUAGGUCAGAAUGUCAAUAGUUAUCGAGACGCAACCACAGAAUCUCAUUUUUUUCCAAGUGAAACUAAGUUAGCAAGUGGAUUCAAAACAGUUUACAAACCAAAGAAAGGUGGAAUGAGGUUUGCGGAACUCUUGGACCAAGUUUCACAAAUUGAUCCUGAAGUGAGGAUCCGAUUCACUUCUCCACAUCCCAAAGAUUUCCCAGAUGAGGUCUUGGAUGUCAUCAAAAGUCGCAGAAAUAUAUGUAAAAACCUUCAUCUACCGGCUCAGUCAGGCAAUAAUGAAAUUCUAGAAAGAAUGAGGCGAGGUUAUACAAGAGAGGCAUAUCUUGAGCUAAUUCAACACGUUAAAGAAACAAUACCAUCAGUUUCUCUAUCAUCGGAUUUCAUCUGUGGGUUCUGCGGAGAAACAGAGGAACAGUUUCAAGACACUCUGACUCUCAUGGAAACAGUGCCAUACAGUGUUGCCUUUAUGUUUGCCUAUAGCAUGAGAGAGAAAACUACUGCUCAUAGACGGUACAAGGAUGAUGUACCUGAAGAUGUUAAGAAGGAACGAAUAGCAAGAAUGAAUGUAGUGUACCGGAAAGGAGCUAGUAGAAUCCACAAAGCAUACGAAGGAGAUAUCCAAUUGGUCUUAGUUGAAGGGGUCAGCAAGAGGUCUGAACAUGAUUUUUAUGGCCGAAAUGAUUUUAAUACUAAAGUUAUCAUACCAAGUGGAUCAAUACCAGCCUCUCAUGGAUCCUCAGAGUCACAGCCUAUCAACCCGGGAGACUAUGUUGCGGUUCUUAUAACGGAAUCUAAUUCACAAGUUUUAAAAGGAUUGCCGCUGUUUCAUUCGACUCUAACCAAUUUUGAUCCCAUUCAAGCCGACAAUUUCAAAGGAUCCUGUGUUGCAGCAUGAAGAAAGGAUGAAACGAAGAGUACCCUCUAUUAAAAUCAUAGAACUAAAUGAACCAAAACAAAAAAAAAUCAAACUAUACUCCUAAGAAUU